GUCCAGAGAGCUCAGACGCGCCGCAGACUAGGGAGCGCGACGCGACAAUCGGGGCAGCAUCUCCAUUCCCGUCAAUCCGGAACGGACAUUUCACCUUGCAAGACUGAGAACGAGCAUUUCUGCUUGCAACCGCAAAAUUGACACAGCACAGCCUUCCAAACUGAAUUCUCAAAACGAAUUGAUCACUGCUUGGCUCUCCUCGACAAUGCCAUCUAAGCAGGAUCCUCCUCAUGGAGCGCAGCAACAGCAGGACACCGAGAUGCUCGACACACCACAACUACCACCACCACCACCACCACCACCACCACAAACAGAAACAGCCUCUGGUCAAGCAGAUUCCACGGGCGCCUCCGCCUCCGCGCCGGAACAACAAAGAGAACAAGAACCCUCCUCCGACCCAGACCCUCCUCCCCCACAAGACACAGCAGCCCCAAUCACCCCCGGUCCCCGCGCUGCCCGCCUGCAGGCGCUCUUUGCGUCCACUGCCAAGCACACGCUGGACAAGAUCAACCGAGACAACUUCGCGGCAUGCUUUCCCACCAUUGCGGCGCGGGCGCCGGGGACACUGGAGUUUGUGCAGCGGCAGAUGGUUGAGAGGUUGGGGGGGUUAUGGAACAGAGAGUUCGAGACGAUAAUGUCCAACAGGCAGGUUGUGGCAAGGCUGAACGAGUUGGAAGGGUUGGUCGGCGAUGCCGCGAGGAGGAGACUGGAGGCUGGGGACGGAGCGGCGCCACCUGUCGCACCGCACACGCUCCCCGCGGAAACCAUCCUGUCCGCUCACCUCAAUCCGCACCUAGCCCACCAGCGAUCCCAGCUCAAUGCCAAACUCCAAAACACGCAGGCCUCGAAUGCAAAGUUGUGGGAAGAGAUCCAGGCGCAGCGCUCUGAGAUGGAGGCGCUGCUUGCAGGUGUCGAGAAGAUCCUACGUGAUAUGGAUGGGGCGAAUGUGCUGCUGGGCGAGGUGGUGGAGGAGCUAGCCGAGGAGACGAGAGGUGCGGAGAGGGAUGUCAUGACCGUCCAGACUGCUGGGACACGAUGAGAUGAGGUUAUGAGGGAUGCGGUUGGGGCAAUGGUGAUGAGACAGGAAGGUAUAGGGCUUGGGACAUCGAACCAACCGGGUUUCGAUGCGGCUUUGG